GAACUAUUAAAGAUAAAAAACAGAAACUUUCACUGUUAUUUCUCAUCAUGUCACUGGUUUGGAGUCUGUACUGUUGGAUAAUUAGCUCAAAUAGUCUUUGGUCAUACUUGUGUUAUAAUAUGAAAAAACUAAAAACUAAGCCAUCAUGAGAAGUUCAUCUUUGAGCUCAUAUGAGCUAAACUCUGAUAAAUCAGAAGCCAGUCAGUGAUAUUUUCUGAUCCACGUGUAGCUGCAGGUCUCAGUAAUAUAAACACAGAGAAUACUUUAAUAUGAAGUAAAUGAAAAUAAGGGUGUUAUUGUUGCUUUUUCAUAACUGAUUGAGCAGGUCUGACAAGUUGUUCCCCAAAUGAAACCUUCUGGAGUUUGAAAAUGGUUUCAUAGCUUUAGAAUACAGGGUGCACCAAAAACACCUUGACACUUGAAUAUUCCCUCCUCUGCCUUCUAUGUGAAGUCAGUUCAUAAGUUGUCAUCUUUUAAUAAGGUCACGUAUCACCAGUGGUCACCUUGAUAAGGCAUAAAGCAACCGUACAGAUGGCCAAAACUAAAGCCGUUCCUGAUUUACUGGACUGACUGUGACAGCCAUAUCCAGACAGCUGGGGAUACCAAGACAGGCAGUUUAAAAUGUAAAGAAAAGCUGGAACUUACCGGGAGUGCUGACAGAAAACCUGGCUCCGGUAGGAAGAAAUCAGUCAGGGUGAAGUCCAUUAUAAACCAGGUCAAACAGAGGACACGGUCAAUGAGAAGGAUGGCUGCCGACCUCAAAGUCAGUAACACUUCCAUGAGAAGGCUAGUGAAAAAUGACACUGGACUAUUAAGAAAACCUGCCUCGCCUUCCGACGUCGUGUUGAGGCUGUGAUAAGAGCAAAGGGUGGAAAUAUUCAGCACUAGAUUGAUUUUACAUUACUUUAAACAUUGUACGUUAACUAAAUAAAAUAUAACUUUUGAUGAAUUUUUGUUAAUAAUUGAAAUGAAAGUGUUUUUGGUGCACCCUGUACAGUCAUAUCUCUUUUUAUGGUGCCUUUAGUAAUUCUCAGGGUGUUGUUGUUCGAACAUAAACCCGUUGAAAAGAACGUCCUGGCUAGCGGGCAACCUUUAAAGUAUCUGAUUUGUCGAUGUAAACUUUCACAGAUGCGUGUUAAACAUUUAUAAUUUAAAAGGCGUGAAGCUCAUCAGACGGUGGAGCAGAAACCCUGAUGAUGGAAACGAGAUGAGCCUGAAUCUAACCUCUGAAUGUUAACGUUAAAGUGUGAACCCAGAAAAGGUUUCCUGUGUGUCUUACUCAGUGAAUGUUAAAGAGAAGAACUGCUGUCUGUUUCACCUUUUCUGCUCGUAGCCACGUUCAAAUUCUUGCCAUGCCAGAGUAGGGGGAUCCCGCAACUUCAGCGUAACCAGCUGGGAGUUGUGGGGUGGAGACUCAUGGGUAACUUGUUGAUUUCUCCCCCUUGUGUGCCAAUAUGCAUGAACAGCCCAGCCAGGGGGUCGACACUCCCUCCCCUCGAGACUUGGUCGUUCACAUUUGGAACUUAUUUAGUGGUCUGUGUCCAAAACGAGCCAAGAGUCCCGUUUGUAUCAUCCCCAUCUUUAAUAUCGUGUCCAGUUUCAAAGCCACCACGUCCAGGGCGGUUUGCCAGCUGGUCAGGGAGUAUGUCGGCCACAGAGACGGCCUCUGGGACCUCAGCAUCACCAGGACCCAGCCCAUGGUCCUCGGUACAGCGUCUGCAGACCACUCUGCCAUGCUGUGGAGCAUCGAGACGGGAAAGUGCCUCCUCAAAUAUAUGGGCCACCAAGGAUCAGUCAACUCCAUCAAGUUCCACCCCACUGAGCAGAUGGCUCUGACAGCCUCAGGAGAUCAGACGGCUCACAUCUGGAGAUACAUGGUCCAGCUGCCCACUCCACAGCCGGUUGCUGACAUCAGCCAGACGCCCUGUGAAGACGACGUGGACUUCUCAGACAAAGACGAGGCCGACGGCGAGGCGGAGGGCCCCAACGACUGCCCCUCCAUCCGGGUGGCCACCACGGCGCUCCGCAGCCAUCAGGGCGUGGUGAUCGCUGCUGAUUGGCUGGUGGGGGGUAAACAGGUUGUGACGGCGUCGUGGGACCGAGCUGCCAAUUUGUACGACGUGGAGACUUCAGAGCUGGUCCACUCACUGACUGGCCAUGACCAGGAGCUGACCCACUGCUGCACCCAUCCCACCCAGCGCCUGGUGGUCACCUCGUCCAGAGACACCACCUUCAGGCUGUGGGACUUCAGAGACCCGUCCAUCCACUCCGUCAACGUCUUCCAGGGACACACAGACACGGUGACGUCUGCUGUGUUCACGGUCGGAGACAACGUGGUUUCUGGGAGCGACGAUCGAACCGUCAAAGUGUGGGACCUGAAGAACAUGAGGUCGCCCAUAGCAACCAUCCGAACCGACUCCGCUGUCAACAGGAUCAGCGUCUCGGUGAACCAGAAGAUCAUCGCCCUUCCUCACGACAAUCGGCAGGUCCGGCUGUUCGACAUGUCCGGAGUCCGACUGGCUCGACUCCCACGGAGCAACAGACAGGGUCACCGGCGGAUGGUUUGCUGCUCCGCCUGGUGUGAGGAGAACUCCACCUGCAACCUGUUCACCUGUGGCUUCGACCGGCAGGCCAUCGGCUGGAACAUCAACAUCCCCGUCCUGCUGCAGGAGAAAUGACGUCCUCACACCGCCACCUUCCAGAGAAACUCUGGUCUGUCUGGAGGAUCAGGCCCUCAGGUUUAAAAGGCGGCUGUAAAAAGUUUGACGACACACACUGACUUUUAGCAGCUGUCUUUUGAGCCUGCGGAGGGUUCGUUUGUCACUCGAUGGUUCCUGAGAUCAGGAAGUAGAAGAAGGAGUCACCGUCUGCUGCGUCUGUCGCUCUCUAAACCACCACCGGUAGUCACUAAGCACACUUUUGUGUUUCUGUCAUGGAGGAAAAAAAAGCACAGAGACAGAACUGAAGAUGUUGUUUUACCGAAAACAAACCACAUUUUACUGAUGCUAAAGAAUUAGAGAAAAAGUUCUGCACGUUCUGCUUGAUGCUGAUUGAAGCUGCAAAACUGCACAUCUGGUUCAUAAACUGCACAUCUGGUUCAUAAACUGCACAUCUGGUUCAUAAACUGCACAUCUGGUUCAUAAACUACACAUCUGGUUCAUAAACUACACAUCUGGUUCAUGUUUCAACAAAGCCACCACUUCCAUGCGGUCUCCUCUGGUUGGUUUGUGGAGUUCAGCUGUCUGUGGUUCACUUCCUUUUCUCUCUGAUUUCUAAACAUUGAGCAGUUUUCUGCUGCAGGACGUUCAGGUUUGAACCUCUAUGAGUUCCGUCCCUGUAGACCCUGUUUCAGGGGAGAGAAGAGUUCCUACUCCACAGGAGGAACUUGUGCGUCCCUGUAAACGUCUGCGUGAGUCUGAUUGGUUGAACUCAGAGAGGACAAACAUGGAAGGCUUUACUGUAAAACAGAACAGAUAGCUGGAGGUUGGGUAGCUCCUGGUUGUCGUCGUUUUGGUUCAGUCUGACUGGACGUCACGAUGGAAGCAGAAAAGUUAAUUUUAUAAAUGUUAACUCUCUCCAGUUCCCUGUUGAUGCGAAAUAAAAGCUGAAGAAAGAGAAUUAGAACCGUUUUCUGCAUCCAGAAAUAACAUUUCUAAACUGUUAGUCCAGCGUUAAACUGAACUUUAACUUCUCAAAGUUUUUCGUCUCUUCGGCACCUGAGAGUCUGUAACAUCCAUGAUACUGAACAAACUAAUGGUCCUAUCAGAGUCGCUGUUCUUUUGUGUUGACAGAUAAUCACAUUUUAGACGGAGGCUUUGCUCUGGUUAGUCACAGCUCUGAUCUGCAGACGGGCCUUUUGAAAAGCAACGAUUCCUGUUCCAGUUUCUGUUUUAGCUGCAGUAAAAAUAAGGUUUGCUGGACCUGUUGACACAUGAACUGAAGGAGUUUAGUGUUUGUGUUGUGUUUAAAGAAGAUCGUCCACAGAUAAUGAUCACCUCCACACGAACAGAAAAGAGACGAAACAUGGAGACCGUUGUAGAAGUGUUACGGCGUCUGGAGGUUUGCAGACAAAAAUCAAAUCACACGUUUUUAUUAAGCAUGUUUUAAAACCAGUUGAUCAAAGAAAAGAAAACAGGAUAAAAACUUUAAAAUUAGGUUGUAAAGUAAAAUAAAAUGUCCUCACAUUGUAGAGCAGUUUCUGCUCCAUCAUCUCUGAUUUUUAUUUCAGAAAAUAUGGAUGUUUAUGAAGAUAUCUGCCACGUUUUAGUUUGACUGUCCGUUGACUCACAUUCAGCAGGUUGUUUGAACAAUUAGAUAAAAACAAAAAACCUGAAAAUGUUUGUCUUGUUUCUCAUCAUGUCACUGGUUCAGAAUAAAUAUUUAGAUUUUUGUUUCUGUGACCUGCAGCUACAUGUGCUUCAGAAAAUAAAUAUCGGUAUUCAGAGGUUAGAGGUUAUUGUCCAACAUUACAGAUUCUGCAUCAGUGACACGAUGAGAAACAGCAGAGAAAGGUUCAUGUUCUUACCUUCAAUAGCUCCUCACAUAUUUAAUGUAUCUGUUAAAAAGUGUCAGAUACCAUUUUAGGUGAAAGAAGAAGUUUGGUUGAUCAGAGGAUCUCUGAUUGGCUGAGAUGGAAAAAAUAUGUGCAAAAAAAGAAACCAUGAAAGAAGUUAAUAUAAAAUACUAAAAGACAAAAACAGAGCUUCUGAAGUCAGAUAAAUAUAAAGUUCUUCACUGUUCACUAAGUAAGCUUCAUGGUGUAAUGAAUAAAAAAGGCUGAAGACGAGCUUCAGGAAGCGUAGAGGCGUGUCAAUCCUGCUGUCAUAUGAUUGUAAAAGAGACUUUUUCUCGUUUUUCGCGGCGCCCUUUAGUCCUUGGUGUUGUGGGGAUUCUGUCUUUGUCCCGUUUGUUCCGGUAUCUUAAAAACCAAACUUGGGUUGUAGCUGUGAGGAGCGUUUUCCUGCUUAGCUUUCCCAGCGUUCCCACUGCCACCAGCACAGCGGGACGCUCCGUAGUGUUCGCUGAUGUAAAGACAGUAAACAAGCACAGCUGGUUUCACGCCGUUAGCCUGCUUUAGUGGAGCGUUCGCUGGCUUGUAUUAAAGUGUACGUUUGUGUACACGCACAGCUUCUACGUAUGUGUUUGUGGUCACACUUUACUGCUGCCUUUAGCAAACCUGAAAAUAAAAAAAACAAGUAAAGAUGAUUAGAGGCCGGUCAGAGGGCGAAGCGUUGGCCUGCUCUAACACUUGUACCAUAUAAAUGUAAUAUAUGUGAAGAACGUGUGGCUGCAGCGGUUUUAUUAGCAUUUAUAACUGGAUGACAUGUUGUUUUGUGUUCAACCACUUUCUGGCUUCGUGAUGGAUGUCAUCAGUUUUUACGUCCACAUAGAGCUGGGCUCAUCUUCUCAUUUAUUCCAGGGACCAAAAAUCCAAACUUCUUCUUCUGUUUUAAAAUUACCGGAAGUAAUUAAUAUUCUGUGUGUGGUUUGUUGUUUUCAGUAUUUAUAUUUAAAAACAUUUUACAGAACCAUUAGGAUCUGCAGGAGAACAGAGGUUUAGAUGGUGUAACUGAACUCCUUAAAAUCUGAAAGAAAGUUCCCUCAGACCUCCUCAGAACAUCUGGUUCUUCAUCUCCAGCAGCUUCAUCACUGAUCAGAGUUCUACCUUCAUACUGGAAUAUUUCAGAGUUCCAUAGAGGUGGUCCACAUUUAUCACCUUUUAAUGGACUUUUUCCAUCAUUUCUGAGCCUCAGAACUUCAUCAGUCCAGCAGAUAGAACCAUGACAUUUAGGAGGAGAAACAUCUGAGUUCUGGUAGAAACUGACACCAGAUCAGUUUAAAUCCAUCCAGGAUCUGUCUGAACACUGGAUCUGGUUUCUGUUCAUUUCCUCUGUAGCCAACUGUGAUCAUCAGUAUUAUGGGAUGUAUCCUGGUGACCAUCAGUAUUAUGGGAUGGAUCGUAGUUUUACAAAGAAAGACCUAAACGCGUCUUUUAUUUUGAAACCCUGGUCUAAAUGAGAAGACGUCUGGUUUGUGUGAAUGUUUGCUCUUUGUCUCCUUCUGAAGCAGCUUUCUCUGCCCUCCACUGCGUUUUCUACCAACACUGAGCCGCUCUGUUCAUGAUCCACCGGUUUCUAGUGAAUGUUCUGGUCGUGGCUGAGCGUCUGAAGCCUGUCGGUCUGUGGCUCCGUGGUGUUAUCGGUGCUUUGUGUGGUCGAUGUAGAGCAAACAGCUCCGUUCUCCCAAAACAGAAAACUCCACCACAGUUUGGUGGAUCAUCGCUGUAACGAGGAACAGACGAGGGCUUGUGGAAUUCAAAUAAACCACUUGUGCUGUUUGGA